AUGUCUCCUCUCGCAACAACGCAAACGAUUCAAGGUCAUAAACUUACUUCAAAUGAUGAACGGUCAAUGUGUAACAACCAAUACGCGAGAGUAAAAUUUUCGGAUGAUCUAACCAUUGAUAUCCUGGUGCCAACACUCAAAGAACUCUUGGAAAUAAAAACGGGAAACAGUUCUCUGCAGAAAUCUUUGGUUAACGAUCCAAUCGAUGAAAGUGCAUUUGGGUUAUUUCGGGAAAUAAAAACGGGAAACAGUUCUCUGCAGGAAUCUUUGGUUAACGAUCAAAUCGAUGAAAGCGCAUUUGGGUUAUUUCGACUUGCAUUUGAGAACGAAGUUUAUAAGAAAAGAAUUCCUGCAAAAUUAUGGGGGAAAUUCGCAGCGGUCGGAAAGGAAGCUUGGGGAAAUGCAAAUGGGAUAUAUCGGGAUGCUUUUGCUAAACUCGUGUUAAAUUCUCAUGAUGAAUAG